AUGAAAGCGCAACAGACAACGGCAGGACCACAGGAACACGACCGCACGACAGGAUCUGGGGGGACAGGCACAGGGGCGGGGGCAGCAGGAGAGACAGGACAACUAAAUAGGCGAACCGCAAAAACUCAUCGUCAAGGAGCGACAGAUACGGCCAGGGAAAAGGGAAAAUAGAUGGGAAUCCAACUAUGAAGCAAUAAUAAAAUUCACGGGAAUUGA